ACUAGGGACCUGGUCAUGAGGGGCUGCUGCUCCUCUCCAAAGGCCAUCCCUGCACCCCCAAGGAAUACCAUUGACCAAAGCCUAGGCAUGGACUCUAGUCACAGCAAUCCCAGUGGGGCUGGGCACGGGGCCUCCUGCUCUGAUAGCCCUGCUGGGGGCUUGGCCUGUCCCUCUCCUACCUGCAGUCCUCUCCCAGAGACAGUGGGGGCACAUGGGGCCUUGAUCUCACCAGCCUCUGAAACAACUUUAUUUGGGAAGCAAGAGCCCACGUCCUCAGCAGAAGCUGCUCCCACAGCCCCAGAGAACAGAAAUCCUGUGUUCUUGGAGAAGAUGGAUUCCAAAUCCUUGACGAAGACAGAUUCUACUUCUGUGAGAAAGGAAGAGGCUGGGUCUUUGAAGAAGGAAGAGUCCUCGUUGAUUGGAAAGGCAGAGCCUGCGAUCUGUGGAAAGGGGGAGCCUGGGGCUGUGGGAAGGAUGGAUUGCACAACUCCAAGGAAGGAGGACUCCGAGUCCUUGGGAAGAGGAGGUGCAGCAUGCUCCAGCGAAGUGGAUACAGUGUCCCCAAGAGGGGAAGGCCCUGGAUCCGUGAAAAACACAGAGGCUGUGUCCUCAGGCAAAGUGGAGCCAAGAAAGGAGGACCCCGUGUAUUCCAAAAGAGAGCACCCUGGACCCACAAGAGAGGGAGAGCUUGGGUCUUUGGGGAAAAAAGACAUGGAAGCCCCAGAAAAGGCAGAGCCUGCAUCCACAAAACAGACAGAUCCUGGGUUCUCGGGAAAGCUAAUGCCAGAAUCAGCGGGCAAGACAGAGCUUGUGUCCUCGGGAACAGUGGCUCCUGGGACCUCCAAAAAGGUGAAUCCUGAAUGCUCAGGGAGGGCAGAUCCUGCCGCUGUGGGGAAAGCAGAAACUUUGUCCUCUGAAAAAGAGGACCCUCCGUGUCUUGGGAAGACAGGCCCUGCUUCCUCAGGAGAGUGUGGGCCUGUGUCUGCAAGAAUGACAGAAACAGUAUCUGCUGGGCAGCCUGAAGGUGUGUUUCCAGCAAAGAUGGACCCCACAUCUGUAAACAGUUCAGGACCUUCGGGCAGCGAGGACCCAGGUUCCUCAGGAAACGUGGAACUUGUGUCCCCAGUGAAACCGGAACACUUGUCUUCUGGGCAGGCGGCACGUGUGUCCUUGGUGAAAACAGAAACCCUAUCCUCAGGAAAGGAGAACCCAAGGCCCUCCGGAAGGGUGGAGCUCACGACUGUCGCAGGAAACAUCAAAACGUCUCAAGAAGGGAACCCCAACUCUUCAGGAAAGACAGACCCCGUGUCUUCAAGUUCAGGAGAUGCCAAGCCUCUGGGGACCUGGGGGUCCCUGUCUGCUGCAAAAGCUGAGGCAGUGAGCGAGGGAAAAGGAAGCCCGAAGUCCUUAGAGAAGCCAAGUCCUACAUCCACCUCGGAGAAAGCUGAUGCCCUCGAUCUCAGCAGGGUGGGCUGUGCAAGCCAGGCAAAGGCAGAAACCGUUCCCUCUGGACAAGCGGGCCCCACGACUUUAGGAAAAGAGGUCCUGACGAGUUCAGGAAAAGCAGCGUUGGUGUCCCCAGGGAAGGUGGAUCCCAUGGCCUCAGAAGGAGAAGGCAUUCCAGAGCUGAAGGAUCCAGAGAAGAGGAAUCCUGGGAACUCCACGAGGGUGGACGCCAGGGCCUCGGGCAGUGCUGAGCCCAAGUCUGAGGUCAAGGUGGUGACCCAGCUUCCUGGCGCCGCAUUCCCGGAAAAGGUGGAGGCUCCGGCUUCGCAAAAAGAACAGCCACAGUGGCCCGGGAAGACGGAUGCCUCGGGGAAAGCGGACUCGAGCACGUCAGUGGGGCCGGUGUCCCUGGGGAAGGCCGACUCUGCGCCUCCAUCUAGAAAAGCAGAAUCUCAGACCUCGGCCCAGGCCGCGGCUCUGGCUCCGGAGAAGGCCGCGUCCUCUCUCAGGCAAUCGGAUAGUCCACCGUGCAGCUCAGCCCAGCUUCGGGGCGACGAGCGGCGCCAGGAGCCGGGGCCCUCUUUCAGCACCGGCCAGAAAGACCUAGCGGCCGCGGCGGCCGCGAAGAGCCCCCGCGCGGAGGGGACAGCGCCCCCGCCGGGGCCACGGACUCGCGACAACUUCACCAAGGCGCCGUCGUGGGACGCGGGCGCGCCGCCGCCGCCGCGGGAGGACGCGGGCACGCAGGCCGGCGCUCAGGCGUGCGUCUCGGUGGCGGUGAGCCCCAUGUCCCCGCAGGACGGCGCGGGCAGACCGGCCUUCAGCUUCCGCGCGCCCAGCCCCGCGCCCGGGCCGCCCGCGCGCCGGGACGCCGGCCUGCAGGUGUCGCUGGGCGCCGCCGAGACGCGCUCGGUGGCCACCGGGCCCAUGACCCCGCAGGCCGCCGCGCCGCCCGUCUUCCCCGAGGUGCGGGUGCGGCCCGGCUCGGUGCUGGCCGCCGCCGUGGCGCCCCCGGAGGCG